AUGAUGGGACAUAGGAGUGGUGGUGGCCCACAGGAGGGUUGGUGGCAUGCAAGAGGGGUGGUGGCACGCAGGAGGGGAAGUGGCCUGCAGGAGGGGUGGUGGCAUGCAGGAGGGGUGGUGGCACGCAGGAGGGAUGGUGGCCCACAGGAGGGGUCAUGGCACAAAGGAGGGGUGGUGGCACGGAGGAGGGAUGGUGGGAUGCAGGAGUGGUGGUGGCCCGCAGGAGGGGUGGUGGCACGCAGGAAGGGUGGUGGCACACAGGAGGGGUGGUGGCCCAUAGGAGGGGUGGUGGCACCCAGGAGGGGUGUGGCCCGCAGGAGGGCUGGUGGCAUGCAGGAGGUGUGGCAACACGCAGGAGGGAUGGUGGCACGCAGGAGAGAUGGUGGCACGCAGGAGGGGUGGUGGCACGCCGGAGGGGUGGUGGCACGCAGGAGGGGGGUGGCCCGCAGAAGGGCUGCUGGCACGAAGGAGGUGUGGUGGCACGUAGGAGGGGGGUGA